AGUGUAUGCAUUAUCCAACAUCUAUUAUCCACCUUACCCGGUGGCAGGGCCGUUUUCAAUCCCAUUCUGUCGUUAUCAGACAAUGGGAAGAAAAAGCUACCUAUGUUUUUUCUCUACAAUACUGUUGGCUUCGUGAGUUUGACCACUUCAUUCGCUAGGCUGAUGUUGUUGGUGUGGACAACGGAGAACGACCGUUUGUCCUCUUCUUUUGCCUCAGCUGGUUCCAGAAAAGAGAGAAGAAGGUGCAACCACUGCCAGUCUAUGAUGACCAACUCGAGGACGAAAAUGUUCUUGAUGCAGUUGCCCUGCCUCCUCCAGGCAUUCAGCACGGACAAGUUGAUUCGAGAACGAUAGUUAGUCUGUCACAGCCUGGAGCAGGAAUGUCUCGCCCUGCGGUUACUUGACCACUCAGAGGCAUGGUCGUGGUCGUUGAGUACUGAGUCCCAGUGAGAAACGGUCCUAGCCAUAUCUCCGGAAAACGAC